AUGAGUCUGCUGAGGCCCAGCGGGCUGAAGGCCCCCACCAAGAUCCUCAAGCAUGGGAGCUGGGCCCUGAAGGCACCCUCGGCCGCGGCUGCUCCCGUUGAGAAGACCGUGCCUGGGGAGAAAACCCCCAGCGCCCCCUCCUCGGAGAUGCAGGAGGAGUUUGUGGGCGACUUCCAGGUCGGGGAACGAGUCUGGGUGAACGGGAACAAGCCUGGAUUCAUCCAGUUCCUCGGGGAGACCCAGUUUGCCCCUGGUCAGUGGGCCGGGAUCGUCUUGGACGAGCCCAUCGGCAAGAACGACGGCUCGGUGGCGGGUGUGCGCUACUUCCAGUGCGAGCCGCUGAAGGGCAUCUUCACCCGGCCGUCCAAGCUGAGUAGGAGCUUGCAGGCCGACGAUGAGACCAACUGCUGGCAGCCAGCGCCUGCUGCCUGUGCCACACCGCCCCUGUCGGCCUCCCCGGCCCCUGCCGGCACCGCGAAGGUGCCCCAGUCCCCCGCGAAGGAGUCACCGGCCACCCCUCACAUCAGCAGCCUGACCAGGACGGCCAGCGAGUCCAUCUCCAACCUCUCUGAGGCUGGCUCCCUCAAGAAAGGGGAGCGGGAGCUGAAGCUCGGGGACCAGGUGCUGGUGGGAGGCAUGGAGGCCGGUGUGGUGCGCUUCCUCGGGGAGACGGACUUCGCCAAGGGGGAUUGGUGCGGCGUAGAGCUGGACAAGCCACUGGGCAAGAACGAUGGUGCCAUGGCCGGAACGAGGUACUUCCAGUGUCAGCCCAAGUAUGGCUUGUUUGCUCCCAUUCACAAAGUCACCAAGAUCGGCUUCCCGUCCACGACGCCGGCCAAGGGCAAGGUGGCCGCCGUGAGGCGUGUGAUGGCCACCACCCCCGCCAGCCUGAAGCGCAGCCCUUCGGCCUCCUCGCUCAGCUCCGUCAGCUCCGGGGCCUCAUUCGAGAGCAGCAGAUCCGGCCGCACGGGACUAUUGCCGGAAACCUCCUCCUGCUACGCGCACAAGAUCUCUGGCACCACCGCCCUCCAGGAGGCGCUGAAGGAGAAGCAGCAGCACAUUGAGAAGCUGCUGGCCGAGCGGGACCUGGAGCGGGCGGAAGUGGCCAAGGCCACGAGCCACAUGGGGGAGAUAGAGCAGGAGCUGGCCCGCCGGUACGGGCACGACCAGCACGUCCUGGAGCUGGAGGCCAAGAACAAUGAGCUGCGGGCCAUGCUGGAAGCGACCGACUGGGAGAAGGUGGAGCUGCUGAACCAGCUGGAGGAGGAGAAGAGGAAAGUGGAAGACCUCCAGUUCCGAGUCGAGGAGGAGUCCAUCACCAAAGGCGACCUGAUGGAAAUUUUGUUUUCCCACCAGAAGGAGGUGAAGUCCCUGCAGGCGGCCUCUGAGAAGCUUGCCAAGGAGAACGAGUGCCUGAGGACCAAGCUGGACCAUGCCAACAAGGAGAAUGCGGACGAGAUCGCCCUGUGCAAGUCCAAGCUGGAGACGGCCAUCGCCCCGCACCAACAGGCCAUGGGCGAGCCGAAGGCAUCCGUGAGCCAGGGCGUGGGCGCCGAGGCGGCCGAGCUGGCCGAGCUCAAGAUGCAGAUCGAGAGGCUACAGUUCGAGUACCAGCAGGAGGUAGAGAGCCUGAAGGCCCAGCAGGCGGCUGAGCGUGCAGCGCACGCCUCCGAGCUGCAGACGCUCAGGUCGCGGCUGUUCAGGACGGCCCAGGAGCAGAAGAACAGCCUGGAGGCCGCACGGGCCAAGCUCGAGCAGAUCGAGGACCAGCACCUGGUGGAGAUGGAGGACGCCCUGAACAAGCUGCAGGAGGCGGAGACGAAGGUAAAGCACCUGGACGGGUUGCGGGCCAUGUGUAGUCAGCAAGCCCAGGCCCUGGCCAAUGCCACGGCACAGCUGGAGGCCACCCAGCAGAAGCUCUUGCAGCUCGAUGGGCUCUGGAAGGCCAGUUCCGAAGGUCAAUUGGGAAUGGAGAAGCUCAGGCAGCAGCUCCAGGUGGCUGAGCGGCAGAUUCAGGAGAAGGUGGACGUGAGCCGCAGCCAGUGCCAGGCUCUACAGGCCGAGCACGCCAAGGCCAGCGUGGAGAUCCAGGGGCAGCACGAGGAGGCGCCGCAGGCCCUGCAGCAGCUGCUGCUGCAGGCGAAGGAGAAGCUGCAGGCGGUGCAGGCGGAGAACGGGAGCCUGCUGCGGGAGGUGGCCGAGCUGAAGACGCAAGCCGACAAGGUGGGGCCCUGGGGAACAGUCCUUGCGUCGGGGCCUCGGGACAACGCACAGUCCUUCUCUUGCAGUGAAGACAGACGUGGCCCCACAAGAGAUUUCCACAUUUUGUUUGUGCCCCGGCGUAGCCUGCUGUGUGAGCAGCGGCUUAAGGACCUGGGCGUCCUGGGCUCCUUCAUCCGUAGGGAGGAGUACAGCCUGGACCUCAUUCCCUUCGACGGGGACCUUCUCUCUAUGGAGUCGGAGGGCGCCUUCAGAGAGUGCUGCCUGGACAGCGACCAGACGGGCCUGUACCACGCGACCAAGGGCCUGAUGAAGCCUGACCUGUACGGGACCAUCCCCUAGAUCUUCGGCAAGGGCGAGUGCGCCAGGCAAGUGGCCAAUAUGAUGAUGAGAAUGAGGAGAGAGUUUACAGAAAGUCAGAAUUCAAUAUUUCCUGUUUUUGAUAACCUCUUGUUGCUUGAUUGAAAUGUGGAUUCAUUAACGCCCCUUGCGACUCAGCUGACAUACGAAGGACUCGUCGAUGAAAUUUAUGGCUACAGAACAGUAACGUCUGAAGACUUCUUUGAUAAGUUAACCGUGGAGCAGGAGUUUAUGUCUGGAAUAGACACUGAUCAGGUCAACAGUUACAUGGAGGACUGCAUCGCCCAGAAGCAUCCACACAUCAAGGUGCUCAGGCUCAUUUGCCUGCAGUCGGUGUGCAACAGUGGGGUCAAGCAGAAGGUUCUGGAUUAUUACAAAAGAGAAAUUCUCCAGACAUACGGCUACGAGCACAUCCUGACGUUACAGAACCUGGAGAAGGCCGGGCUGCUGCGGCCCCAGCAGUGGGGCAGGAACAGCUACCCCACCAUCCGGAAGACCCUGCGCCUCUGGAUGGACGAUGUGAAUGAGCAGAACCCCACGGACAUCGGCUAUGCCUCCCUCAGCAUGCGGCUGGCCCAGCUGCUCUCCUGGCCUGGUUGGCGCAGAAUCGAGGAAUUUCUGCACAUCCUCCCGGGUCCCCACUUCGAGGAGUGGCAGCCGCUGCCCAGCUGCCUGCAGAAGAAACACCGCGCUGGGCCGGGCGCCCCCCGACGAGGGAGAUGCGGAGCCCGAAACCUGAGCCCGACGCCGCCGCUGGACCUGGACCUCGUGCAGCACGCCAGGGACCCCCGCCCGCCCCGCCCCGCUCGAGGGGCCGGGCGCCGAGGCCGCCGUCCAGUCCUGCCGCCACCGCCCCCGCCGCCCGGGCCCCGCGGACAGACGCCUCCGGACUGA